CACGAAGCAACCACACGUCUCGCGACUUCUCGAGUUCAUCGUUUUGUGUAUCGAAAAACCUCCAAAAAAAGGACGAAAGAUCUCUCAAAAUUAAUAAAUCAUUAUAUUUUUGCUGACAAAAUUUUGAUAUUAAUUUUACGACUUUAAUUAGGAUCAUUGCAAUGUUGAAGCGACGAGGAUAUAGAUUGUAUUAUAAGUAAACGGACACAGAAGAACUAAUGUCGGCUCUUCUAGAUGUAUGCGGAAAUGAUACUGGUUCACCAUCGAUAUCGAAGGCUGACGAUAAUUUAUCCAAUAGUGACGGGCCUCUGAUUAAAGGCCUUAUUCGUCAAAAUAGUUGCGGCAGCGUACAUGCACGGACAAUCGGCUCUUCAUACGGUAUGUCAUCGUCGAGCGAAAAACCUACGAAGAAACGUUACUGUCUUUGGACAUUGACUCUAGUACUGGCGAUAAUCGGCCUCUGCAAUCUUUUUCUGAAUAUCACUGUCAUUGCUGUUUUGCGAAUUAGCCAGGGGAUGGAGGCCAUGGAAGUAAUUCCAGAUGAAAAUCUUGUCAAAUUUUACGGAAAAACCGACUUGGACAAGAUAUCCCUGCAAUCCGGUAUCUGCCAGAGUUACGGCGACGAGCCGAUGGAGGUAUCCGGCGACGAAGCUGGAGUGCAGGUCGACAUAGAGGGCCAUGGACGAACCACUCACGAGACACAUCCACGCUCAAAGCUAAGUGUCUUAGCGAACGGCACCAUCAUGACACAGGUGGAGUCAUUCGAGGUGAAAGAUCCGCGAAUCGGCGCGACCUACUUCACCACCGAUUUUCCAAACUUCGGCCUGCCGAACGGUGUCGAGACGAUCGAUGUAAGGAUUGCGGAGACUUAUCGGAUCACUUCACCGGUCAAUGAGAGUCUUGCAAUAAAGUCCGAUAAUCAGAUCUCAAUGCACGGCGCGGAAGGUGUGCGUAUAGAGAGCAAGGACAUCAUAUGGAGUGCCGAUCUAGAUGUCUCUCUAAAAAGUGUAAACGGUAGCGUCGUGUUGGAUGCCAAGGACGGUGUUUCCAUCAACGUGGAGAAUAUUCCAGUUGCUCCCAUGUUCUUGCAGAGUCCCAUUGGGAUUCACGAGCAGUACAAAGUUUGCGUGUGUAUGCCGCAGGGCAAGCUCUUUAAGAUACCGAUCCGGCCAGGCGCGAGUUCUCGUAUCGCCAAUUGUGCGCGAGUCGCCAGGACCCCCGAAAACGAUCCAUGUCUGCAUUGAAUCCUAAGUACAGAC